UCUCUGAAAUCAAUGAAAAAACUUAUUUUUUAUAAAAGGGCUCAGUGAGUCCAUGAGGCAGAUGUUCAUUCCCCUUUGUUUUAUUAAUACAGGCAGAAAAACCAAGGUAUAGUAUUAGACACUUGCCCGUCUCAUCUCAUGCAAUGAGGUGGAGCAGACUUUGUGACAUUUUUUUAAGCCAUCGCCUCCUCCCAAAGAUGGCCAAGCCUUCCCAUCCAUACUCCAGACCUGCCCAGGCCUGUCCUUGCUGCCCAGGGAGCUAAGGCUCCUCCCCAAACAAACUUGAUACUGUGGACCCAAUAAACCUGGCCUUUCCUCUCUGUUCUUUCUGUUUCAUCCUCUUCUCCCUUUCCCCUGCUCUCUGUCCUGUCUUCAGCAGGUCUUGGCUUGGUAUCAGGGAAGGGGUUCCAUCCCAUGGCCUCCCACUCUGGGGAGCCAGAGCUCCUGCCCUGUGGAUCCUGUGACAUGGUUUUCCGCUCCUGGGCCCUGUUGGCCACUCACACUCAGCGCUUCUGCAUUGGCCGUUUGACGCGGGAGGUGACACUUGGAGCACAGCCCUCAAAAGCCUCGGAACCACAAGGUCCCACGGUAAGGGCCUCCUCCAUGGUUGCGGCGUCCCAAGAACACCAGGGCUUCCCAGAGCAGGAAGCCAACAAAUCAGCUUUAAGGAAGCUAACAGAAGAGGUGCAGGGUCUGCGGCUGUACUUGGAGGAAAUGCAACCCUGGAUAACAGCAAUUCCCAGGCAGUCCGUGCAGCCCUGGGGGCGUCCAAAGGUUCCCACCCAGGGCCCCAACUCCGCGGCUGCUGGGAGCCCCAGCGAGCGGCUGCGGGCCCUGCAACGGACUCACACAAUACGCGCGGCAGAGACGGAGGCACAGAGCCUGGCCCUGGAGCUACGCGGCGAAGAACUGAACCGGCGCAUCCAAGGUUUGGCCCGCAACCGGGGAGGUCUAUCACGCCUCCUAGGCCUGGAGCGGGAGCUUGUAGAACUCCGGGCGGAGGCCGGGCGGACCAGGGGAGCUCUGGAGGUGCUAGGAACGCGCGUUCAGCAGCUACAGUCUGAGCCCCGGACUGAGCAGAACUCCUUGCAAGGGGCAGAACUCUGUUGGCCGGUGCUACCGUCCAACCCAGGGACUCUGGCUGCUGAGAUUGGGGCCCUGCGUGAGGCCUACAUUCGAGGUGGGGGUCGGGACCCCGGCGUUCUGGGCCAGAUAUGGCAGCUGCAAGUGGAGACAUAUGCUCUGGAGCUUCGACGGUCACGUACCCACAGGGGAAGGCGGGCAGGUUCCACAUCUGGGAAACUUCUAGCAGUGGAGACUGAAAACCAGCGUCUGGAGGCAGAAAUUCUGGCUUUGCAGAUGCAGAGGGGUGCAGGCCGAGCACCCUGGGGGUCCCGAGAGCCACAAUUUGUGGCCAAUCCCAGCCUUCGCCUGAGAAAGGAAGAUCCCCCAUGCCUCCCACCACCGGUGGCUCCCCCGCUGCCACCACUUCCACACUCCACAGAGCCACAGCUUCCUGGAGCCAUGAGCAGGAACCUGGGCCUGGAUCCACACUUUGUCCUGCCCCCAGCUGAUGUUCUGGGCCCUGCUCCCUACGACCCUGGGGCUGGCCUGGUCAUCUUCUAUGACUUCCUGCGGGGCCUUGAGGCUUCUUGGACUUGGGUGCAACUAAUGACUGUCUUGGCCCGAGAUGGACGGGAUAUAGGAGGGACCACAGCUUUGCCCCCAGCCCUUUGUUUGCCCCCUCCUCCAGCUCCUGGGCCCAUGGGCAACUGUGCCAUCCUUGCCAGCAGGCAGCCUGUACCCAGACUCCCACCCUCACCAUCACUAUCCCUGGUCUGUGAGUUACAAGCCUGGCAGGGGCUGGCAGGGGCUAGGGCACCACAGCCAAAGGCCUGGGCCUCACUGGUGCUCUUUGACCGGGAUCAGAGGGUACUUAGUGGCCGUUGGCGUCUCCUACUUCGGGCCCUUCCUCGGGAUCCCAGCCUUAGCCUUGGGCAGCUGAAUGGAAUUCCCCAGGUGAGUGUGGAAAAUGGAGAGUGGGUCAACUCAAAGGUAUGGAUACAGUAUCAUUUCACCUCUCCCCAGGUAGGUCAGGCUGAGCUCUUUCUGCGGCUGGUGAAUGCAAGAGAUGCAGAUGUACAAACGCUGGCAGAGAUCAAUCCAGCCAGUGCCCACGAGUACCAGUAUCCACCUCUGGUGCCCAGCUCAGCUUCACUGGAAGCCAACUCCCUUGCACCAACAGCUGGCUUUGUUGACCCCCCUCCUCCUGCAGAAGAGCCCCUUGACAGCAGAGUCAAGGGUAGAGAUGAAGGCUUGGGCCCCACCAGCUUUGACUCAUCCCCACUGGCUUUCUGAAUCCAGAAUGUGGGUAUGAAUAGCUCAACAUGUACAGGACUAGGUCCUAAUUGAGGCCUAUUCCCAGACCUUUACUACUGUUCUGACGGAGGGUCUAGAAGCAAAAAGCAGAUGCGCACAAAAUGUGAGCUCCAACCAUAGCUUUACCACCUUAAGGCUAAAAGUAUUUGGCCUUUCUUUACCUGUUUUCCCUUUGUAAGAGAUUGAUGAGAGGAUUAAAUAUUGUCAGGUAUUUGCAGUAUCAUCUGGUAUAUAGGAAGUUCUUGGAAAGGUGGCUAAAGGAGCACUCUUUAAUCAAAGCUUGUUUGUUUUUGCUAAAAAUCAGUUUUAUUGGCACACUUCAUUCAAAUCCAAGUUUUCUCAGGACAUCCCCCAGGAAGCCUGCAGGAAGAUCUUGUAGCCAUAUACUAGUGGCCCAGUGCACGAAAUUUGUGCACAUUAAAAGGGAUUAGAGGAGCCGAAACCGGUUUGGCUCAAUGG